CACUUCAAUCAUUAUUGUCCCGGUGAUUUGUUGGUGAACUCUGGUUGACUUCCAAUUUUUUGUUAAAAAAAUAACUAAUUAACAACAUGACUGAUCAGCCACUCCCACCCCCAGUAAUGUGGGCCCAAAGAUCCAGUGUAGUCCUUUUAACAAUAAAUUUGGAAGAUGUAAAAGAUCCAGAAGUCAAGUUUACAAAGGACUCUGUUUACUUCAAAGGCACUGGUGGGGUAGAGAACAAGAACUAUGAAGUCACAAUUCCCUUAAACAGAGAGAUAGACCCUGAAUUGAGUAAAAGUUUCAACAGAGGAAGGUGUAUCGAAAUAAUCCUGGCCAAAGCAAAUCAAGAGGAGGCCUAUUGGCCGGCCCUCACCUCGGACAAGACGAAGCACCACUGGCUGAAGUGCGACUUCAACAAGUGGCAGGACGAGGACGAUUCGGGCGACGAGGGCGUGGGCGGCAUGGGCGGUAUGGGCGGCGGCGGCGGCGAUUUCGAGGAGAUGAUGAGGCAAAUGGGCGGACUAGGCGGCGGUGGAGGCAAACCAAAUUUCGAUGACCUUGACGAAGGAGGUGAUUCGGACGAUGAGCCCAUACCAGACUUGGAAUAGCCCCUUGCAUCAUAAGAUUCAUUUUUUGUAUCAAUAAUAUUUGUUAAGUUAUUAUAAAUAAAAGGAGAGUUUAGUGAUGGUUGUCACUGAUCUGUUCUGAUUUGUGGUUUUCAAAUUUUUUCUUCCAUGUCAUAAUUGAAGUUUUCCUCAAAAUGGUCUAGUGUUUGAAUGGUAAAUAGUUUGUACAAAUGGCGUUGUUUUUUAGUAAAUUUGAAAACACUUAAUUGGUUUUAUUUUUGAAAAACGUUUGUGAAUGUAUCUUGAUAAUA